CAAACCCGAGAGACACGGCAUGACACUGGAAAUCUACAACGUCCAGCAGAAGGACUCUGGUAACUAUUACUGUGCAGUUAAAUCCAGCAGCUAUCUGAUUUUUGACAAUGGAUCCACACUGAUUGUUGGAGACAGCUACACCACCAGCAGCUGGGUUUUGCUUCUUGCUCCAUCUCUCCCCGGUCUCAUCUCCACCUGGACGGUUGAUCUGGCUUGCAUUGUCCAUGGAGUUUACAACCCAGUCCAAAUUUCCUGGAAUAUUUCUGGGGAUCGGCAGGAACAGGCACUAAUGCGAUCACUGAAAGCAAAGGAUGGAUCCUUAAUACUCAUAAAUCACAUUAGCAUCCCGAAGGACACCUGGACCAGUGCGAAAAUUCUCACCUGUGAAGUCAAAUUCAACUCUUCUGGCAACAGUGUUAAGAAAAGUGCCAGGUAUAGUGAACGCGUUGACAAUGGAUGCUUUCAGUACGUCGUUCCCCUGGCAGUGGGGGGAGCCCUGGUGCUGUUGAUGGUGUCUCUGAGCCUUGUGUGGAUUUGCUGCCCUUCCACUCGAGGGUUCCAGGCCUGCAGCUCAGCACCGCCAGCCCCAGAGGAGCACCAGGAUGGGAUCGUAUACUGUCAGCUGGAUUUUGAUUCGAGGCAGCGUGGCCGGAGCACAAAGGAGCGACCGGCGAGAGGGAAGAGUGCAAAAUCCUGACCUACCUGGUACAGGGGGAUCUGAACUGGCAAAUUGACUGCUGAUCCGAAUGGCAUGAGCUGGAUUCUUCCUGGCUCCCAGGGCUCAUCUAAGCUCAAUCUCUGCACCGAUCGAGCAAAACCAAGUUAGUUACUGCUUGCAUCCGAAGAAGUGGGUAUUCACCCACGAAAGCUCAAGCUGCAAAACGUCUGUUAGUCUAUAAGGUGCCACAGGAUUCUUUGCUGCUUCUACAGAGCCAGACUAACACGGCUACCCCUCUGAUACUUGACAAGUUAGUUACGUUAGUGUAAGCCCCUUGUAGGCACGUGGCUUUGCAGCUAAUUAAAAUGUA